GAGUCACCACGCACGGACAGUGCUUGCUGCAUGCUUUUAGAAACGCAAAAUAAUGGGGAGAAAUAAACCUAAUAAGUGGAGACGCGGAAAGCGGGAUAGAGAUCAGCAACAAACAAGACCCGGUACUCGAGGGAACUAUGAACUUCCACCAAAAGAGAAUGCAGUGUUUGAGGAAUAUUACAAGGGCCAGGGUAUAGUACCUGAGGGAGAGUGGGAUCAGUUCAUGAGCACACUGAGACAAGAAUUACCAGUCACAUUCAGGAUCACAGGCUACAGGAGCCAAGCUAAACGCCUUCUAGAUGUUAUCAAAAGUGAAUAUUUCAGUAACCUAGUUAACAUGGUUGGAGACUCUGUACAGCCACCAAAGUUACUGCCAUGGUAUCCAGAUAACCUAGCCUGGCAAAUAAAUGUCAGUAGAAAGGAAAUCAGAUCAACGCCAUUGCUGAAGAAAUUACACACUUUUCUUGUCUCUGAAACAGAAAGUGGUUAUAUCAGUAGACAAGAGGCAGUGAGCAUGAUCCCUCCAAUACUGCUGGAUGUGCAGCCCCAUCACAAGGUUCUUGAUCUAUGUGCUGCUCCAGGGUCCAAGACAGCUCAGCUGAUUGAAUUACUCCAUGCAGAUGAGACUAAGGCUAUCCCAGAGGGGUUUGUUGUUGCUAAUGAUGUUGACAACAAGCGGUGCUAUCUGAUGGUUCACCAGGUGAAAAGACUUCAGAGUCCCUGCUUCAUGAUUGUCAACCAUGAUGCUACUACCAUGCCAAAUAUUAGGAUGUAUCCACAGGAGGAUGAAGCAAAUAAAUUCAAGUUUGUGACGUAUGACAGAGUUCUUGCAGAUGUACCUUGCAGUGGAGAUGGGACAAUGAGGAAGAAUCCAGAUGUCUGGAGAAAAUGGCUUCCACAGGCAGCAGUUGGAUUGCACAGUGUACAGAUGAAGGUAUUAAAGAGAGGACUGGAGUUGUUAAGUGUUGGUGGCCGCCUGGUUUACUCCACCUGUUCUCUCAACCCAGUGGAAGAUGAAGCGGUCAUCUCGGCCAUGUUACAGAAAUGUGAAGGUUCUGUGGAAUUAGUGGAUGCAUCAGAUAAGUUACCUGGCCUGAAAACCAUGCCUGGGCUGAAAUCUUGGAAGAUCUUCCACAGAAAAGACAGCAGUUGGUUUAACAGUUUUGAGGAGGUAGAGGCAGCGGGACUCACUGGUUUGGCUGGAAGAACAAUGUUUCCUCCUUCUCCUGAAAUGGCAGAACAGUUGCAUUUAGAGAGAUGUAUGAGAGUAUUACCACACCAUCAGAACACAGGUGGCUUUUUCAUUGCUGUCCUUGAAAAAAGAGACGUUCUUCCUUGGGUUAGAACUCCAAUACCACCGUCUUCUACAGCAAUAACAGUAAAUGAAUCUGAAAUAGUGCAGAAUGAUUCAGUGUCAAAAUCAGACACAAGCAAUGGAGAUGUGCCUGUGGAUAGUUCUGCUGAUUUACCACCAGAGGGUGCUGAUGAUGCUGACGUCAGGAAGAGGAAACAAAGGGAUGAUGAUGAUGAUGAAAAGGAGGAAGGAAUCUUAAAGCCACCAGAACCCAAUUCUGAACCUCAUUCAAAGAAGGCAAAGAUUAGUGGAUACAAAGAAGAUCCAUAUUUCUAUUUCAAUGAGGAUGAACCAGACUGGGAAAAGAUAAAGAAUUUUUAUUCUGUGUCCAAUGACUUCCCGUAUACUCAGCUGUUGGUGAGAUCAGAGACUGGUAAAAAGCGCAACAUUUACUUCACAUCAGAUGCUGUCAAACGUAUGGUGACCUACAAUACUGACAAAAUACGGUUUAUCAACACUGGUAUUAAGUUAAUGGCCAGAAGUGAAAAAGAAGAGGUGGACUGUGAUUUUAGAUUGGCACAGGAGGGUAUCAACACAAUAUUUCCAUACUUCACAUCCAGAAGGGUGCACAUCACAAAGGAGGAUGUCCUAACACUUUUACUGCAAGAAAAUCCUUUUAUAGGAAAGAUGUCGCUAGGAGCACAAGAAGAGCUUAAACCAAUCUCACAAGGAAGCAUCAUAUUUAUUUUUGAUCAAGAAGACAGCCCAGAUGAUGACAACAAGUGUCGAGUCUUGUUCUGUGGAUGGAAAGGAAAGAAAAGCUGUAGAACAUUCGUGCCAAAACACGAGCGCCUUCAUUAUCUGCGCAUGUGUGGGAUAACGACAGAUCCUAAACAGAUCAGAAGAGAGGAAGAAGGUAAAAUGGGAGAAGAGGAUCCAUCGGCUGGGGAGAUGGAGAGCUCUGAAGAUAAACAAACUGAGGAAAGGGAAGCCAUAACAGAGGGUUCUACCUCAGCAACUGAUACAAACGUUGAGGAAGAAAUGAAGGAGGGAGGAGAGGAGGGAUGAAAUAUUUCUGAGAGAGCAAAGGAAUGAUUGGAUUGGGAUGGAAAGGGGUUGAUAUCAAGUAAAGUUAAAUGAAAGAAAAGACAGAUUUUGAUUUAUUGAGAUGUGAUGUGCCUCACCCCUCCUUGGCAGUAGCUAGAGGAGGAACAUGUGCUUUACCAUCCAGAGGGGAUGAACUGGAAGAGCCGUAUGCUCUGUGGAAAAGCUGUUUUUGUGGAUGUGCUGAAAGAGAUAUUAUAUUUGUAUAUAUUUUACAUAAUUAUAAUUGUCUUACUGGGCUUACAAAAUUGUGUUCUUUUCUAUUAAAGAUUUAUUAUAGAGAUCAGUAAUGAAGAAUGACUCAAUAAACUUCAGCUGGAUAAAAUCCGGUGUCUCAAAGUGCUAAUAUUGGAAAUUUUUGGAGUGAACAUGACUCUUCCUUUGCAAAGGUCAACUUAAAAUUGCAUCUAAAUUUAUUAAAACAUCAUUUUGUCAAUGAAUAACUGCAUUCCUGAAUAAAGACUAUGUUGCCAAC